UUACCUAUAAAUGUUAGUGUCACGGUAUAGGCCUUUUUUAAAGCAAUCCACUGAGCUGGCCACAGCCAACUCUUGAAGGAGUCUAUUCCACAUUUUCACAGCACUUACUGUGAAGACACCUUUCCAUAUUUGGAGAUUAAAUCUCUUUUCCUCCAGACGUAAAGAGCGCCCCCUUGUCCUCUGUGAUAACCCAAAGAUGAAUAAAUCUACACCGAGUUCGCUAUAUGAACCAUUGAUGUAUUCAUACAUGUUGAUGCAUUCUAAUGCAUUUAAUUCUACAGUAAAUACUAACCAUAACAUGCAACACAACUUUGCCCCUAGCAGCAUCACC